AUAAACUAAAAAGACUAGACAAUGGAUAAUCAACUAGCCACAUCCUAAUAUCCUAUGUCACCACUUUUUUUAUCCUCUCUUAAAUACCAAAGAAUUGAGUCUCAUUUUUUCACUCCACCAUAUAUAUCUUCUUCAUGCAUGUCUCCUAAGUGACAACCGCAGGUGAAGCUCUACCCUCGACCAAAUUAAAGGUCAUUACAAAGGAGAGGUUGUUCUAAUUCCAGAAUCAUACAAUCGAUAUUUUCUUUAAUUACAUCUUGAUGGCUAAACCCCUCCCUCCAACACAAAGCCCAACAAAUCUUGAUCCUAAAACCCCUUUUCUUGAUCAACCUCAAAACAAUGGAAGUACACUAAGCUUCAACAUGGUAGUGAUAAUUGCAGCUCUAAUAUGUGCUUUGCUUUGUGCUCUUGGCCUAAACUCCAUGUUACAAUGUGUGUUUCAAUGCACUCAUAGGACUAUCUCCGAGCCAGUUGGAUGGGUAGCUUCAAAGAGAUUGAACACUGGGCUUAAGAAGAAAGAUAUGGUUGCUUUGCCAACAUCUACUUAUAACGCAAAUUCUUCUUCAUCAUCAAUUUCAAGCACAUCAUCAUCAUCAUCAUGUGCUAUUUGCUUGUUGGAUUUCAUGGAUGGAGAGAGAAUUAGGGUUCUUCCUCAAUGUAACCAUUCUUUCCAUGUUGCUUGUAUUGAUAAAUGGCUACUCUCACAUUCUUCUUGCCCUACUUGUAGGCUUCAUCUCAAGUCUAGUAAUUGUUUGCCAUCUUUAGACAUUUUCACAGCUCUUUAAAACAUGUCUUAUGAUGGCUAUGAGAGUUGGGUUUUUUUCUUUUCUUAGAAGUUUUCAAUCACUUUCGUCUAAGAGAUGGAGUGUUGAUGUUUGAUUUUACUUUUAUGAUUGUGUGCUAGACACUUUGUCCUUGUAACAAAAAGUUGUCACUAGUAAACUCUACCAUAGUAGCACUUCAAACGUGUUCAUGCUAUGUGGAUGAGGCAGGACGGAGUUGAAGAUGUUGAUUUCCGAUUUAACUGUCAUCUCCAGAUUUGGGCUGAAUUUGAUUAAGUUUGAAUAAAAGCAAGGGUCAAUUGAGGAUCGAA